CCUUUCAGUUGACUAAACAAAACUUCAAUGCGAUUGACGAGCAAUCUCUGAGGACUCGCCUGAGUGAGCAACCUACCUCAAACUUAAAGAAGGCUUUGGCCGGUUUCAUAGAUUUCAGCCCGCCAGUUGCCGAACACUGUUUGCGCCAGGCGGAUAUUAAUGUGAUGCACAAAGUAUCCGAUUUUAACCUCGAUGAAGGUUCGCAGGAUAUAGCUACGAUUUUUGCCGCAUUGGAGAAAGCCAAAGAGAUCUCCACAUCCAUCACAGACUUCAAAGGCUACAUUAUCCAAAAAGCAGCCGCCGGUAAGAAAGGCGGAACGGCAGAGUCCGCCGAAGACCCCAAACUCUUUUACGAUGAGUUCCAUCCCAUCCUGUACGCUCAGCACACCAACAAGCACUUCCUGGAGUUUGCCACGUUUAACCAGGCGGUGGACGAGUUCUUCUCCAAGAAAGAAUCGCAGAAGCUAGACCAGCAGGCCAUGACUCAGGAACGAUCGGUUAUGAAAAAGGUACCGAACUUUCAUUUCUUUACUUUUGCAGUAGACAGACAGACAGUUCAAUGUGUACUUGGAUCAUUAUUUUUCCUGACGAGGGAUCAGAACGUGUAG